AUGGAGGAAAUUUCGACAAAAAAAAGGAAAAUUUCGAUCAACAGUAAGCCCGACCGUAUUUCACUAGGAACUGGUAGCUAUGGCUCCGUAUGGAAAGGAAAGUUCAAUGGCCGUCCAGUCGCAGUAAAAAAAGUUUUACUGGGAAAUUGGAAUAAAGAAGAAGAAAGUGCUAUGAAACAAUUGGAUCAUCCAAACAUCGUUAAAAUAUUUCAUUGUGAAAGUGACAAAGACUUCAGGUACUAUGCAUUGGAAUUGUGUGUUGCUUCGUUGGAUAAGUUGUUCUUAGAGUCGGAUCACCCUAAAAAAUACAAGGGACCUAUGCCACAUCAUAUUGAAGUUUUUCUUCAAUUAGCUUCAGGUCUCGAACACAUCCAUUCGAAGAACUUGGUCCAUCGAGACAUUAAACCGGAUAACAUCCUUAUUUCGGAGAGAAUCACUAGCCAAACGACUGAGGUAACACUUAAAUGGGCAGAUUUUGGAUUGUCCAAAUCCGUAAAUGAGAGGGGAACGUGCUCGAUGAGUGGAAUACGAGGAACCACAAAUUAUUUGGCUCCUGAAAUAUUGAGGAAAGGCGAAGAUGGUCGAGGAGACGUAAAGAGCGACAUAUUUGCACUUGCCCUCGUCUUUGGUUAUUUUUUAUUGGGCGGGCAACAUCUCUACGGUUCCACAGAAAAGAACGAAGAGAUUGUUAGGAAUAUGAAUAAAAUGGAACCGGCUAAUAUGCAAAAGCUUGUGGUUUUGUUAUAG